AUGGGCCACAGGCAUUCCAAAUUUCCUAAAUUAAUACACAAGAUUAACAAAGCUACUAAUGAUAAAAUACGAAAUACUGAAUGCCCUCAACUAAAUAAACAAGAUGACCUAUACUUGGAUAGAAUGCAAGUAUUGCAUAACGUUAUGAGAUGUAUUAGUAAUGGGAACUUUAAAGCUCCAGUAGACGAACAAUUGAGAGAAGGUAGUGCUGUAGUAUUGGAUGUCUGUUCUGGCACAGCAACAUGGCUAUCUGAGAUGGCUUCCGAUUUUCCACAAUCAACUUUUAUAGGAAUAGAAAAGGUUCCUAUGUACCCUGAUCAUAAGCCAAGAAAUAUUAAAAUAAUUCAGGCUGAUGUUUUAGAACAAUUUCCAUUUUCAGGUGAUAAAAAUCAAAAUUCAUAUAAUACGUUCGAUUUAAUUUAUUCCCGGCUAAAUUUCUUCGCAUUCAGCGAAUCACAGUGGAAAAAUCAUUUAAUUAAAGAAUAUAUAAGGGUACUCAAACCUGGUGGUUACAUAGAAUGUGUCGAAGGUGAUUUAAAUGCUGACAAUCCCGGUGCUGUUACAGAACAAUUGGGUGUUGUAGUUGAAAAGAUAUUGGUCCAGGGUGGUCGAAGUCUCUCCCUCUUUAUGAAAUUCAAUGAAAUGAUAGAAUCACAUCCACAAAUGGGUAAGGUCACUAGAUCGGAAGUUGUCAUGCCUAUAGGAUCAUGGGGAGGCCAAAUAGGCGAACUUGGUCUUGCCAUAAUGCUACAUAUGUUGUCUGGACUACAAAAAGGAAUAAUGUAUCACAUGAAACUUAAUGAGAAAGACUUGGAUAAACUUUGGGAUGAUUAUAAAAUCGAAUGGGCAAACCUUUCUUUUGGGAAAAAUAUAUGUAUGGUAUUUUUUAAUGAAGCAGGAUUUCUUGUUUGA